AUGGUUCAAGACGACGCCACCUUCAGCGCUCCAGGCGGAGAACCGACCCCAACGCCCGAAGCCGCGCCACCCAUCGCCGCAGAUUUUAUGAGCUCUAUCAUGGCUCGACUUGCUCGUCAAGAUGAAGUCCAAAAGAUGACCAACGACCAAUUAGCUGCUUUGGUCACGGCCCUCACACCUCCCGACGGCCAAACAAGCCGUCCUCAGCAGAUACGCCGUCGCCUCUUUAACCCCAACCCAACGGCGACCGGAGUCGACCAAAUCUCAGACGACUCGGAGCCUAAUGAAACCCUUCUCGCCGACCACCCCCCAGUAGGUUCUGAUCUGGCGACCAUACGCGAGCUCGCUGAGCUCAAACUCAGCUUCCAACAAAUGAGCGAGAAGAUCCAUCAAGUAACCAGCGCGGCCCCGCAAAUCGAGAGCGUCCUCGCCGCAACAUCACGCACUCCUUUUACUAGCGCUCUGACCAGUGUGCAACUCGGAAAGAUAGAGAAGCUGCGCUUACCCGAGUACAAACCCGGCGGAGACCCAGUGGAACACAUGACGGCUUUCAACAUCGCGAUGGCACGGGCUCGACUCCCCGACGAAGAAAGGGACGCAGUCUACUGCCAACUGUUCGUCGAAACUCUCCACGAGCAAGCCCUAACCUGGUUUUCUCAGUUAGAAGAAAACUCCAUCGGAAGCUUCUGCGACUUGUCAGCAGCUUUUCUCAAGACUUACAUUAUGUUCACCAAGCACUGUAUCGCCAUCGACGCCCUGCGAAACACGUUGUGGGUUCGUUCUAUAUUCCGAGAGGAUUUAAACCAAAACCCAACUACGUCGCUCCUGGACGCUAUCGCGCGAUCUGACAAUUUCAUCCGAAUGGAAGAAGAUACUAACGCCAUUCUCAGCAAAAUGAACGCACCCAAAGCGCCAGCGGCUAAAAAUGCCAACACGCGACAAGAACCACGCCAGCAUGCUCCAAUCGACAAAAACGGCCGCAAAGACGGAUACAUGGAGCUCGACUCGUCCGACAAACCAGUCGACGCCGUUUGCUCGACCCAGACUACAACAACAACAGGUUCAGCGGAAGGACCUUCCAGAACCGUCGAUCUCACCAAACACUGCAAGUAUCACGAUGCCAAAGGGCACGAUACGACAGAGUGCAAGUCACUCUAUGCGCAAUACCUCUCAUCCUUAGCAAGUGGCGACUUCAAGUUCGAACCACUAAAGGCAAAGCCGAAGAACAGCAAGAGCUGGAGCAAGAAUAAAGAAAGGAGAGCCCAGCGCAAAGCUACAGGCAAAAGUCGACAUAGCGAAACUCAACAACGAGAUGACGAGGAGGAUGCCCCGAAGAGUAAUGGCGAGGCAGACUCCUCGGCUGACGAAGAGCAACCAGCUAACCGCAGACGCAUCGAGGUCAUACUUUCCCAGCAAAACUUGUCGUCGGACGAUGAGAACGAUGACACACCUGUACUCGAAGAUUUGAGAGAUGUUUUGAAAUGA